AUGGCGGUUGGUAUCGUUCAGACUGUUCGCCCUGGCACCCUGGCUGCCUUUGAGUGCAGCCUCAAUGUCGACAUGAACCGCUUCGACAGGCUGGUCCUGGCACUCAAGGAAGCUCUAGGACCAUCAUCUGGUCUGACGUCGGACGAUGUGGACGUCGAGUUCCUGACCAAGCUGAUGAAGGACUACAAGUCCGACGAGAGGGAAUGGGCCAAGUUCGCCAUGGGCGACGCUAGCAGAGGAUACACUAGGAACCUAGUGGACGAAGGCAACGGCAAGAGCAACUUGCUUGUUCUCGUGUGGUCUCCUGGAAAGGGGAGCCCCAUCCAUGACCACGGCAACGCGCAUUGCCUGAUGAAAAUCCUCCGCGGCGACUUGACAGAAACGAGAUAUGCCUUUCCCGAGGCGGGUGAGGAGGAGAAGCCAAUGAAGGUGAUAUCGGAGAAGGUGUACAAGGAGAACCAGGUAGCAUACAUGGCCGAUGAGCUCGGUGUACACAGGGUCUGGAACAGAGGCAGCGACUUCGCUGUCUCACUUCACUUGUACACGCCACCAAAUGUUGCGAAGGGGGGUUGCCAUAUCUUCAAUGAAGAGACAGGGAAGAAAAGCCACAUCAAGAACUGCGGGUACUACUCGGCGUAUGGAAAGAAGUUGUAAGAAAGGGGAGGCUGUUGCUGUCAUGGGAAUAAUAAGGGAAGCCGGCGUUUGGUUGUCAGCACUUGCUGCUCGGAGUUGGAGGGAUUUGCUUUUGGAUAAUGAUCAUGACCACACCAAGUAGCGUAGUGAUAAUGCAGACUGAUUUGACAAUGAGAGAUGUACUUCCCUAUGGA